UUAAAAAUUGCCUUUAUUUAUAUUUUACAGAAAGUUGAGAAAGCGUUAUUUAUAUGGGGGGUAGGGGUGCUGGAGGUUAUGGGACUAGUAACCAUCCUCUUAGCUCGCACCCUUUGGCACCACUACAGCUUGCAAACUCUGGGACUUUCUCUCCUAGCUUCCAUUUGUUUAGCUGUGUAAUGGAAGCAGCAGCCUGGGUGUGGCGGCUCACGCCCCUAACCUGAGCACUCUGGGAGGCGGAGGAUCGCUUGAGUCACGAGUUCGAGACCAGCCUGAGCAACAUAGGGAGCCCCUCCCCCCCCUCCCAGCUCUGCCACAUCUCUACAAAAAAUUUUAAAAAAUUAGCCGAGUGUGGUGGAGGAAGCCUGUAGUCUCAGCUACGCGGGAGCUGAGGCAGGAGAAUCGCUUGAGCCCGGGAGGUCGAGGCUGCAGUGAGCCGAGAUCGCGUCACUGCAAUCCUGGGCAACAGAGCGAGACAGUCCCCCCCCCCCAAAAAAAAAGAUGGGGAAGUUGUAUCUAAUUCAGGAACGCAGUCCCUCGGGACCUGCUAGUUUAAACCCCGGAGGAUCCUCCCCGGCGGGCUGGCACGGGAGGUGGAGAAAGAGGCUUGGGCGGCCCCGCUAUAGCCGCGUGUAGGAGGACACACGGGCUUGCUUCAAAGCUUUGGGAUAACAGCGCCUCCGGGGAUCAUGAAUGCGGAGCCUCUGUUUUCAGUAGACUUCAGAUGUGUCUCCACUUUUUUCCGCUGUAACCGCAAGGCAAAGAAACAUUUCUCUUCCCGUACUGCGGAGGCUGAGGAGUACGCUGAGUGUUCUUUUCUCCUCUAACUCAGAACUGCGAGACAGGGGCUGAGUUCCUGCAGAGAACAGCUCCAGAAAAGCAAGGAGAGCGCAGGAGGGUAUCUGGGAGGCCAGGAGGGGUUCGCUGGGGCCUCAACCGCGCCCGCAUCGGUACCACCUGCGAAGGGGCGGGACCUCGUGGUGCUGGACCAAUCAGCACCCACCUGCGCUCACCUGGCCUCCUCCCGCUCGCUCCCCCGGGCUGCGGUGCUCAAAGGGGCGAGAGCGGAGCAGAGCACCGGCCCGCCGUCGCGGCAGCUGCCUCACCCCUCUCUCUGCAGCCAUGGGGCUCCCUCGUGGACCUCUCGCGUGUCUCCUCCUCGUCCAGGUUUGCUGGCUGCAAUGCGCGGCCUCCGAGCCGUGCCGGGCGAUCUUCGGGGAGGCUGAAGUGACCUUGGAGGCGGGAGGGGCGGAGCAGGAGCCCAGCCAGGCCCUGGGGAAAGUAUUCAUGGGCUGCCCUGGGCAAGAGCCAGCUCUGUUUAGCACUGUUAAUGACGACUUCACUGUGCAGAAUGGCGAGACAGUCCAGGACAGAAAAUCACUGAAAGAAAGGAAUCCAUUGAAGAUCUUCCCAUCCAAACGUAUCUUACGAAGACACAAGAGAGAUUGGGUGGUUGCUCCAAUAUCUGUCCCUGAAAAUGGAAAGGGUCCCUUCCCGCAGAGGCUGAAUCAGCUCAAGUCUAAUAAAGACAGAGACACGAAGAUUUUCUACAGCAUCACGGGGCCGGGGGCAGACAGCCCCCCUGAGGGCAUCUUUGCUGUAGAGAAGGAGACAGGCUGGUUGUUGUUGAACAAGCCACUGGACCGGGAGGAGAUUGCCAAGUAUGAGCUCUUUGGGCACGCUGUGUCAGAGAAUGGUGCCUCAGUGGAGGAUCCCAUGAACAUCUCCAUCAUCGUGACCGACCAGAAUGACCACAAGCCCAAGUUUACCCAGGACACCUUCCGAGGGAGUGUCUUAGAGGGAGUCCUACCAGGUACUUCUGUGAUGCAGGUGACGGCCACAGAUGAGGAUGAUGCCAUCCACACCUACAAUGGGGUGGUUGCAUACUCCAUCCAUAGCCAAGAACCAAAGGACCCACACGACCUGAUGUUUACCAUUCACCGGAGCACAGGCACCAUCAGCGUCAUCUCCAGCGGCCUGGACCGGGAAGGUUUGGAUUUUGAGGCCAAAAACCAGCACACCCUAUACGUUGAAGUGGCCAAUGAGGCCCCUUUUGUGCUGAAGCUCUCAACUUCAACAGCCACCAUAGUGGUCCACGUGGAGGAUGUGAAUGAGGCACCCGUGUUUGUUCCGCCCUCCAAAGUCGUUGAGGUCCAGGAGGGCAUCCCCACUGGGGAGGCUGUGUGUGUCUACACUGCAACAGACCCUGACAAGGAGAAUCAAAAGAUCAGCUACCGCAUCCUGAGAGACCCAGCAGGGUGGCUAGCCAUGGACCCAGACAGUGGGCAGGUCACUGUUGCGGGCACCCUAGACCGUGAGGAUGAGCGGUUUGUGAGAAACAACAUCUACGAAGUCAUGGUCUUGGCCGUGGACAAUGGAAGCCCUCCCACCACUGGCACGGGAACACUCCUGCUAACACUGAUUGAUGUCAACGACCAUGGCCCAGUCCCUGAGCCCCGUGAGAUCACCAUCUGCAACCAAAGCCCUGAGUCCCAGGUGCUGAACAUCACGGACAAGGACCUGUCCCCCCACACCUCCCCUUUCCAGGCCCAGCUCACAGACGACUCAGACAUCUACUGGACGGCAGAGGUCAACGAGAAAGAUGACACGGUGGUCUUGUCCCUGAAGAAGUUCCUGAAGCAGGACACAUAUGAUGUGCACCUUUCUCUGUCUGACCAUGGCAACAAGGAGCAGCUGACAGUGAUCAGGGCCACCGUGUGUGACUGCCACGGCCAUGUCGAGAAAUGCCCUGAUCCCUGGAAGGGGGGUUUCAUCCUCCCUGUGCUGGGAGCUGUCCUGGCUCUGCUGCGUGACUGGCAAGUGGCAGGGCCCACCACUCUAACCACCUGUUCCCUGUUGCCGCAGAACCUGAAGGCAGCUAACACGGACCCCACAGCCCCGCCCUACGACUCCCUUUUGGUGUUCGACUAUGAGGGCAGCGGCUCCGACGCCGCGUCCCUGAGCUCCCUCACCUCCUCCGCCUCUGACCAGGACCAAGAUUACAACUAUCUGAACGAGUGGGGCAGCCGCUUCAAGAAGCUGGCAGACAUGUACGGUGGCGGGGACGACGACUAGGCCGCCUGCCUGCAGGGCUGGGGACCAAAUGUCAGGCCACAGAGCAUCUCCAAGGGGUCUCAGUCCCCACUUCAGCCGAGGACUUUGGAGCUUGUCAGGAAGCGGCCAUAGCAACUUGGAGGAGACAGGCUGAGUCUGGCCUUAGAGUGGUUCGUUCCUUAGCCUUUGAGGGUGGAGGAAUGUGGGCAGUUUGACUUCAGCACUGAAAACCUCUCCACCUGGUCCAGGGUUGCACAGAGGCCAGGUUUCCAGAAGCCUCUCACCUGCCGUAAAAUGCUCAGCCUGUGUCCUGGGCCUGGGCCUGCUGUGACCGACCCCUGAUGGCUUUGUCUCUGGAAUGGACCCUUCUGAGGCCUCCUGGUGCAACUUUUUUUUUUUUUUUAAUGCUAUUUUCAGAAUGUUAGAGACAGUUCUUCAAAAGUGCAGCACAGAGCCGCCGGGCCCACUGGCCAUCCUGCAUUUCUGGUUUCCAGACCCUAAGGCCUCCCAUUCAGAUGGAUCUCUGCGUUUUUAUACUGAGUAUGUCUAGAUUGCCCCUUAUUUUUUAUUUUCCCUGUUGCGUUGCUGUAGAUGAAGGGUGAGGACAAUCGUGUAGAUGUACUAGAAUUUUUUAUUAAAGAAACUUUUCCCAGA